ACAAUCAUGUUCGGUUGUCCCGGUGAGGGCCUCCCGUCUCAGUCGAAGCAGGGACCAUGGCCGAGGAGGAGCCGCUACCGCCCGGCUGGGAGAAGCGGAUGAGCCGCAAGUCAGGUCGCAUUUACUUCUUCAAUCAUACAACUAAUCGGAGUCAAUGGGAGCGUCCAAAAGCUGGGGGGAAUUACAGUUCUGGUGAGCCUGACAGAGUUCGCUGUUCCCACCUGUUAGUGAAGCACAACCAGUCACGCAGACCUUCUUCAUGGAGACAGGAGGAGAUCACACGCAGCAAAGAGGAGGCACUAGAGACAUUAAAUGAAUAUAUCCAAAUGAUCAAAUCUGGAGAUGCAACAUUUGAACACUUAGCAUCGAAAUACAGUGAUUGCAGCUCAGCAAAGGAAGGGGGUGAUCUGGGCUAUUUUGGCAAAGGCCAAAUGCAGAGACCUUUUGAAGAAGCCACAUACUCCCUGAAAAUUGGAGAGAUGAGUAACCCAGUAUUUACAGAUUCUGGUAUUCAUAUCAUCCUCCGUACUGCUUAAAGUGCCUCCUUUUGUUUUGUCUUUGCAAAGUGAAUAACAGCCACUAUUGAAGACCCUGGUGAAAACCACUCCUGUCACAUUCUAAUAAAUAUCUUGUUCUCCCCAGUAUUUAAUAACUUUGUCUUUAGCCAUUGUCCAACGCUCUUGCAGGCACUUAAGACAGAGGGAAAGAACUGGUCUUAAUAGUUAUAGAAACAGAACGUUUAAAAUAUCACUGUCUCUUCACAACAACUCAACUGUUGGUUCGGUGUAUAGGAUGACAUGCAGUUAGUGCCAGACUGAGCUGUAAUUGCUUUUACACUGUUGUAGCGCUUCUGCCAUGCAUUGUGUUAAAAGAGACUGUUUGAAUUUUAUUGGAGUAACGCAGGCAUAAUUUCCACAAAAUUUGUUUAUUUUCCCAAUGCAGAGAAAUUUUGGGAUAGAUUAUCAUUUCAGAUCUUCAUGCAGCAUUGCUUGACUUGUGAUCAGAUUGCACUAAUACACAAGCUGUUUGAUUGUAUAACUGUUUGAAAUCUUAUGGUGGCAGUAGCAUUCAUUAAAAAGUUUGGUUGGUAGUUAGCAGCAGUGCCCUCCAUCACCUCCAGAAAAAUGCACAAGCCCUCAGCAUGUAGGGAAUGUUUUAGAUCACCCUAAGUUUUGGUUGGCUCUUUGAUUCCCAACAGUUCUGCUGUUCUUGUAGCCAUUUCAAGUCUCCUGUUUGACAGCAGUUCUCUUUGUAAGUGCAUUUUUCCACUGACCAUUCCUUCCACAAGGUACUGCUGGAAACACAACCCUGAGAAGUAAUUGUCAAGAUCUGAACUACUGGUGAGAAACUAUGAACUGAAUAACUUUAUUAAUUUCUGUUGCUUAUGGUUCCUUCCAGCUGGUAUACUUGUCUUUAUUUCUUUUCAACAGUUCAAAGCGCAUUGAAGGUGCGCUCAACUGCAAAAAGAAACUGAGGUUAUGGGAAAUGUAAGGUUAUUAUUUGUCUGGCUUUAAUUCAAAAUAUUAAAGAGAUUCUCCACAA